AUGGAGCUCUUUACGCAGGCGCCGGAACUUGUGGCCGAAGAGGAUUAUCGGAUGGCCCUCGCAACAGCACGGUUUGAGAGGGAGUAUGACCAAGUCUAUAUGCGUACAGCACAGCUUCUAGAUGCCGAGCGCGAUCGCGUGCAGUGCAUGGAGAAGCUUCUUCUCCGGAUAGAGAACGAAAGUUUACAAUCGCAGUUGAACCGGACAGACCAGGAGCUAGCACGGGCUAGGCAGGCCGAGGCGGACGCCCAACUUCAGCUUGACACCGCCAUUAGGGAACUUGAACGCUUACAGGAUGUUGUCCAAACAUCAUCGCGUGAAGCAGAGGCUCUGCGUCGUGAACUUGCAUCUUUGAAUGCCAUUGCUUCGGAUUUUCAAAAAACUCAAGCAGAAAAAGUUCGACUUUCCAAGGAAGUGUCGACCAUACAGUUAGAGCUCGAGAGGCUGAGAUCCCAGAAUACUUCCGCCAAUGCGCUCCUUGCGGAAAAACAAGCUCUCACCCGGCAGCUGAACGUGCUCGAGGUCCAGCUUGAGACCGAAAAACGUGCACAUGAGCGUACAUUAGCCAAAGGAUCCCAACAAACGAAGGAAACCACAAGUCUUGCCACAAAGCUGGAGGAAGCACGGCGAGAACUUGACCUGGCACGACGGCACGGACAACAGAUGGCGCAUCAAGCCCCAGCUGUUCGCAAACCUGAGGGCACUAGCAAGAAUCUGGAAGGAGCCAGGGACGGCGCACCGUUCUCUUCUCCGCAGCCUCAUAACAAUCGAAGCAGCGCUAAAAAGACAAUCUUUUCAGAGCGAACCACCACCGUUCCUCUUCGAGGGACCGCCAGUCGCUUGCACUCCGAGCUAAAUGUUGCCACUCCGGGAGCUAUCCGUGCACAAAAACAACAAAAACAGAUUCCCACGAUGCCGGGUGAGAAAUCGUCGUUUUCAAUAACGCCGUUUCUGAAUCGCACGACUAGCCUUGGAGACUCGACAAUGAUCUCCGAUGAUGAACUCAAUGAAGCCCAGAGUGGAGGUAGCCAUCAGAAACUGCCUGACCUAUCUAAGCAUGCACGGCGCCGUGAUAGCUCGCCCACAGCAACGAAACAGCCUUCCAAGCCAGACAGAGAAAGCUCCACGACGGCCGCUGCCAAAAAGCCCAAAAUUGCACAAAAGCGUAGUCUACUCGACAGUCCUGAUAAGGCUAGGGAAUCCAGCUUUUCACUCUCUCACCCUUUGGGACAAAAACAAGCUGCGCAGAAGAAACGCAAACUGGGCUUGCAACGGGACAGGAGCUUAUUCGAUGAUGAUGAGGAAGACAACCCUCUACAGGAUAGCAGGAAGCCAGGGCGGAAGCUUGUUGGUGCAGGACAGACAAAUCUAACAGGGGCCCGCGCGUUCACCGGGCCUGCUGGGUUCUCACCUCUAAAACGGCACAAGAAACGGUUUUAG